UUAAAUAAAUAAAUAAAUAACAUAAAAUUACUAAAAUAAAUAAAUAAUUAAAAAAAUAAUAAUAAAAAAAAAAAAAAAAAAAAAAAAAAAAAAUCCAAAAACAAACAAAUCCCCAAAAGCGUUUGUUACACAAUUGUAACAACAGAUUUAUAUAUUAAUUAGUUUUAAAAUAUAAACAGAGAUUAAAGAAGACAGACAGCGCUCCGUCUUUCAAGUUAAUAUUUGGUACUGGAAUAUUGUGAGCUUCUGUAUCUUUGGCACUUGUAUAUAUGAUCUUUAGCCUACUUUAGGGUGCUUUCCCUUGAUUACUUCCUUGUCCCAUAAUGCAUUUCGAGCCACGUCCGCAGCAGCCAUACCGGAGAACGUGUAACGAGCUAGCAGACGUACCAACGUACCAAGAUGAACGUUUUUAGGCUUGUUGGUGAUAUGUCCCAUCUUUUAGCCAUCUUAAUAUUGAUGGCUAAAAUGUGGAAGACUCGAUCUUGUGCAGGCAUUUCUGGCAAAAGUCAGAUUAUGUUUGCAUUGGUUUUCUGUUCCCGCUACCUUGACCUGUUCACCUCGUUCAUCUCAAUAUACAACACGGCGAUGAAGGUCUUCUUCAUCACAUCGUCCAUCUUCACAGUCUAUCUCAUGUUCUUCAAGUUCAAGGCCACGUACGACAGUAACCAUGACUCGUUCAGAAUGGAAUUUCUUAUUGUACCCGUCGGUGGUUUGGCAUUUUUGGUCAAUCAUGAUUUUACACCGGUUGAGAUCUUGUGGACGUUCUCCAUCUACUUGGAGUCUGUAGCCAUCCUGCCACAGCUGUUCAUGGUUAGCAAGACCGGGGAGGCGGAAACCAUCACGAGUCAUUACCUGUUUGCCUUGGGCUCCUACCGGGCUCUCUACCUUCUUAACUGGGUCUACCGGUAUUACUUCGAGGGAUUCUUUGACUUGAUAGCGGUUGUUGCAGGAUGUGUACAGACUAUAUUGUAUUGUGAUUUCUUCUAUCUGUACAUCACUAAAGGCCAGUACAAAGCUAUAAAGGAUAUGAGUUUUGAAGGGCAAGAAAUUAAGUCUACCAGCCUAAAGAUAGACAUUAUAUAAGGAGUCAAGUAACAUUUAUCGAAUGGGAGAAGUAUAGUUGUGUUGAGACUGAACUGAAUGUGUCAACAGUUGAACUGGAUGCCUGUGCGUUGCAACACGUGUCAGUGUUGUAACAUAACGGAUCAACAUUGAACCACUUUGAAAACUUCUCUAGGAAUCUGCUUCCUACUUUUCAUGUCUGUGGCAGUGUUGGGGGGAAAGGGUGCUUGUUUUUUUUUGGGUUUUUUUUUAAAACUUUUUUAAAACUUUUUUUAAAAACUUUUUUUUUUUUUAAGUAUAACAUUUUUCAAAUAUUUAGUUAAGUUGUAUUAUGUGUUAAGAUGCUUGCGUUUCUAUAUUGAUGUUUUUACUCUUUAACUCGUUAUUCAGUGUGCAUGUGAAUUUUAUAUUAAUGCUAAUUGAAUAUGGCGCAUUGUUAUCAGGGAUCAAAACAUAGGCACAUUUUCGUGUGACUGGCAUCAGGUCAUUUCUAAUGCAUAGCUGAUGAUCUGUAAGUUAUAAAUAUGUGAAGUGUAUUACAGAAUUUAAUACUGGGCACAUACAAACUGAUUAAUGUCGACUCGACAAUUGAGUUGCCAUAAGUGUGAAAAUGUGCAACAACAAACAGCCGCUGAUGCAGUGUUCUUGUCGGUGUUACGCAAGUUCUGAUGAAAGAUGUCACUUCUCUGCCCAGUACACACAUACUGACUGGGAGUUGGCAACAACAUUGUGUUGGCAUUAAUCAGCCAGUGUGUGCCAAGCAUAACUGUAUGGUGUAGCGAUUAUCAUUAUAAUCUAAUGAUAGGACUGGGUUAUGGUUUACGAGCUAACAAGGGUAUAGAACUGACUGAACUGAAAACAAGUUGUCAUUAAUUGGCCUCAUUAGCCUAAUAGUGUAUUAUUUUGGUAUUAUAUAGCAGAUAGUAAUUAUUUAGUGAUUGGACUGGGAUGUUGUUUACAAGUAUACAAGGGUACAACACAGACUUGACUAAAACAUGUGGCCUGGUGCUUAUAUAACUUAUUAGAGUCUGGACUCGAGACUAAUAAGAGUCUAAGACGUGAAUGUCAAGGCAACGCUGUACAAACUAUAUGCGUGUGACGUCAUUAAAGAUUUGAGUCUGGACUCUUAAAAGUUUUAUAAGCACGGGCCCAGUACCUUUAAUUUAAGAACAGUUCAGAAGGCAUUUAUGGGUUACGUUUUUAUGCUUGUAGAGAUUUUAUUUAGUGCUGUCCUAUUAAAUUGCUUGUUGAGUUUUGGUGACAGAAUAAAAUUUAAAGGCAAGAAGAUUGUUACGGUGAAAGUAAUUAAUGUAAUUUGGAUGUAAACCAAAGCAUUUGACAAACCAUACCUGGAAUAGAUAUUUUGUGUCGGUGUUUCUGAACAACAUUGGUUACAGUGGAUUCAUUUACAUGUAUGCAUGUGGGCAGCUGUGUUGUUAGCUGCAGAGCUUGCACUGGAACUAUUUCAUAUUCGCCCAGUUGAAUUUCAGUUCAUAUUUUGUGAUUGGAAGAAUGACAGCUUAAAACCCUGCUGGGUAUAGCAAAAAUGAAUCGUUAUUUUUUAUUAUUGUAAAAAAAACCUUCCUACAUACUGAGUACAUGGGUGAUCUUGAGCGUUCGUUAAUGAUAUUAAUAUUAUUUGUUAUUUCCCAAUCAUACAUUUUAUGUCAAGUGCAGAAACCAAACACAUUUCUGUUGAAAUGAGUGCUCAUGUGAAUUGAAAGCAUGGCUGACAUUUUAUACUGAACCUGUAUUAGUCAAGAAGGUCACAGUAUCUUGAAAUGGUGCAACCACAAGCAUGUUAGUUACUUGACUGUAAUAACACGUUUGAUUUGUAAUACGCGGCUAUUUUCAUUUUGUUUAAGAAAUGCAUGUAGUUGGUUCACAUUUGGUAGCAACAAGUUAACAUGGGAUCGAGGUUAAAACGAGAUCGUUGCCUGGCAGCAGCUGUAGUCUGUGCUUCAUUAUCUAUAGAACCAUAUGUGUUUGACGACGUGCCAUUUUAGGAUGUUGCUUUGUUAAUGCUGGUAGGAUGUGUUGUACGUUAUUUAAGGCUUGGGUAACUGUAGAUCCUGUGUUGAUACACAAAACAGUUGAGUUUUAAUCCCUUUAAAACUCCGUUUGUUUUCCAAGCUUGUUUAUUGCAAAUUGUGAACUUAGUUCUGAUGGAUUUUAAUCCUUUUUGCAACGAUUACAUGUACAUAUACACACAAUAAAACUGGUUGAUAUUAUGAAACAUGUUUUCAAAGUAUUUUUUAUGUAAAGUAUGUGAGACUUUAUUUUCAGAUUGAAAUCGGUCAGCAUUGCUCACAUAAUGUAUUGCAACAGUCUUUAAAAAUAUACUUUGUCACCAUCAUUUUCAUAAAUCAUGUGUGCAUCUUUUGUAGAUGACAUAGCUGAUAUACAUGACAUUACUCUGGUCUGGUAUUGUAAGGUAUUCUGAUUGUCAAAAGGAGUAUAACUUUGGGGUGAAUACGGGGAAAAAAGGGCAUAUGAACCAAAUCGUGAAAAGGGCAAAAAAAGAAAAGAAAGGCACUUGAAUGCAUUUAGGUGGGGAUGGUAUCUCCUGAUCCCCCCCAGGUUCCUCUGUUUUGUGGACAUUUAGAAAGUUAUUUCACCUCUAUUAUGAAUGCAAACUACAGACACUAGGUUUAAUAACCCAUGUGUAUUUUAAUGAUAAACAUUAUCAACUACCUUCACAAACCAUACUAGUACAUGUUGGUUGCUAUGUGUUUUUUAAAAUCCUAUGUAACACAAAAACAAUGGAAGUCUCCUUCCUCCAAGUAAAAAAAAAAAUAUUAUAUUAUUAUUAUGUAAUGUAGUUCAGCAAAAAUAGACAAAAGAUAUUGAAGAUGUGUAUGCAACAUAAAGAAAAUUUGGAUCUAUUAAAAAUUAUUAGAUAAUUAAAAUAUACCCAGCAUUGCAGUUUUAACAUUUAUUUGCAUUUUAUGUAUACAUAAGCUACAAGUAUUGUUCAGAAACCUGGUGGUGGAGAAAACUUUUUAGAAAUAUGUGUGUAGCAUUAUUAGCAUUGGCAAUAAUAAAUUAAUCACAUUUUUGAAAUCCCAUCCAUAAUUUUUUUUUAGUUCCACCUUUUUCAUUUUACAAAAAAUGUUUUUUUUUUAGAAUAGCUACUUUUUAGUUUUAUUACAACUAUUGAAUUGUAUUUAAUAGAAAUUUAAUUUACUUUAAAUGUUACUAAAGCACUGGUUUGAAUGGAAGUCAUUGGUUUAUUCUUGCUUAUCAGAAGUGAUGCAUUAAUAAUCAUUUUUAAUGUAAACAUUUAUAAACACUGAUCAAAUGUACUUGUCAUUCUAGACAUCGUGAUCAAGCAUAUUGGUGCACUCUAUUCUCAGUCUUGAGAUCGCUUACGCUUUCUUUCAUGUCUUGAGCAAGACUUGUAAUUCAUUUUGUGGAAUGGGAAGCAAUCUCUGCAUCAGACAUUUUAAUCUGGAAGCAAAUGCUAGAAAUUGAGAAGCAUUCAUUUAACAUUGAGCACCAAAACCAGGCUAGUGAAUACUUUUAAUACCCCAGAGUAUUUUCAUCAGUUUAAUACUGAGCAGGGUGAAUGUUUAUUUUGUUCUAAAACCAGAAUAUUAAACUCAAAUUUUGUCAUCUAAGAGGCCAUCAUUACUUUGGCUAACUGGUUAUGUAUUCCAGCUAGGAAUGGCUAACUAAUAAGUAUUGCAAUUAGGAAAGCAGAACCUAUAGAAUUGAUUCUGAAAUAUAUUACCUUGUCGUACAAAUGUAGGUGUAUUGCUGAACAAGAUGAAUUGUCCGAUUUGAGACCACUUAUUUUAUUGUGGAAACUGGCAGUUGUAUUUGUGUAUCAUAUACACAAAAGAUUUGAAAAGCAAACAACUUUUUUGAUCCUGUAUUCUACACUAUUGUUUGUACCAACAAAAUAUUAAAUGGCAGUCCUAGUUAACAUGUUUAUUGUUCGUUUAUAGAUAAUUGGAGAAAAUGUCUCAAUUUAUGUAAAAGGAAAUGAAUCUGAAAAAACGAAACUUUUACCAUACUAGAACUCUUGAGAUAUUUGACAAGUUUGGUUCCUGAAUUAUUCAGUUCACAUGUUGGUGUUUUAAUGAUGAAGCUGUUAUUUAAAUAUUUUGAUGGGAAACGAUUCUGAAAAUAUUCCAGGAUAUUUUACAUGCUGUACUAGUUUUUCUUAAUUUUAAUUUAAUUGUUGCUUGAAGAAUGCAUGGCGUGACUGGGAGUUUCUGAUGCAAUUGUUUUCAUGCACAUUUUCACUUCAUUCUUAUUUAUAUGUAACAAUCGACCAUUGAAUUUCUUUUCUUUAUUUUUCCCCACAUUAGAUGCAUAGAUAAAUAUUACAAACCUCGUAUCAAUUUUUAUGUUUAGCAAUGUAGGGGAUUCUAUGAUUGCCAUACCAAUACAUCUGUUAACAUUUAUUUCCCUCUGCACCGGUGAAUUUGUUUUGGAAGUUGUUUUGGCAUGCACACAUUUUGGUUUGGUGAUGACUGCAAAGAGGACUCCUUGAUGUGAAUCAUUUACGGACUUCAAAUAUUAAAUGGUACAUGUAAAUGCUACCUUUAAUAAAUUAUUACAAUGGCCAUCUUUUACCCUAGAUUGUGUGGUGUGCCUGGUAGAGGUUAGAAUUUUGCAAAUUUACCAAGCAUUUUGCUUUUAAAACAAGAACAAAAGUUUUUUUGAUGGAAACUGAAUAUUAGAAUUAAAAUGUCAUGAUUCUGUAUAUAUGAUUUACACAAUGAAAACUCAUUAAAACAGUGUAGCUUAAAUUAAUCGAAACAGGAGAUGGUGACUUGGUUUUAUAUUAUUUCCUUUUCUGGUGUGUGGAUUAUCUGUUUGAUACCAAGUAUUCAGAUACUUCUAUGGACUGGUUGGUGCUUAUUGUUUACAAAAUGUACAGAAUAAUGGAUCAGGGAUUAUUUAUUAAUUAGAUAGCUUAACAAAGGUAUUGAUCAUUUCCAUCACAUUUAUCUGUAAAAGGGUUAUACCACAAAUAACGGUUUUAAGUAGAUCAUUAACGGUAUGGGAGAUGGAAAUCUAUGAUCCAAACCAGUUUUUCAUAAAAGACCAGCAGUGAUUCAGGUCGAACAAUAACAGGUAAAAAGUUUGCUUUAAGAAGCAAGUUAAUAUUUUUUACCGUCACUUUUUAUUCUAAAGGAUAAAUUUCUUAUGUUUAUAACAAGUGUGCCUGAAACUUUGGUAGUGAGCAUGAAAUAUAUUUAUAUAGUAUAUUGACAACGUUUUGCUUAUAUCUAUUGCAAUAGUGACAGCAAUUCAGUCUUUGGAAAUGCUGUCCAUAUUUCUUGCAAAAACCAAUCUUAAGUGAAACAUUACAUGCAUAUCAGCAUUACAAUCUACUUUUAUAGAUAAUUGUAAAUAUUUUUUUUAAAACUUAAAUUUAAAAAUGGUUUUCUUUGUCUCUCUAUUGUUUUUUUUUUUGCUGCUUUUCAGAUGUUAAAAACAUAGCAUCAUAGGGUUGUUAGUUUCGUUUGUCUAAUUUAUUUUACCAAAAUAUUAAAAUAAAAAUGACAUGUUACAUGUGUAUAUAAACAAUGUACAGUUCCUACAAAUAAUGGAUUUUCAUUAUACGUGUGCUGAAGUGUUAUGGAAGUAAUUCAUUCUUUUAAACCAUAUAUAAUACUUUGAUGUUGUUGAAUUUAGAGAACGUAAACAAAUGUUCUUUUUGCAUGUAAAUAUGAUUUUUGCCUCUCCAUGUAGUUGGUCUCUUGGUGAAAUUUCUAGUUAUUUCCAGUUACCUAAUGUUCUUGCAUGAGUUACUAGUUGUAGAGAGGGAGCAUGCUUCAUUACCAAAAUUCAGGUUCACCGACCUAUCCAGCAGUACAUGAAUAUGUACAUUUUGUAAAGCACAAGAUGGAAUCUGAACUGUAUAUAGAAAUAAAAAGGCAGACUUUCAUAUGA